GAAUAAAUGAAUUUGCUGAAGGUGUUUAUAUUUCCAGUACUUAAUAAUAUUUACUUAAUCAACAUGUUUACAUUUAUUCCAAUUGUUCAAAAGAAAUGUCAGUUCGGCAGAUCGAAACUUCAGUAGGACUGUCACUUAAUAUCAACACUUAACGAUUAACGAUCAAACAAAAAAUAGCAUUCUUAUUGUCCGUUCGUAGUACUUGUUCAAGUGUUGAUAAGCAAAAUAACAAAAAUGUAUAAAGGAAAAGAUAAUGACGACAAUGGCCCGAGCCCUAAGAAAAGGAGGUCAAACAACAAAGAAAACAAUCAAAAUCAUGUCGUAGUUGCUAUGGGUGCUUCAAACAAAAAUUAUUAUCCCGAUAUUUACCGGUUAAAUGUUGAUUGUUUCGAAGAUAUAUUCGACUAUUUGUCAUUGGAGGAUUUGGCUAUUGUUGGCCAAAUUAGCAAGCGGAUCCAACGAGUUGUUGGCCAUUAUUUUCGGCAGAGCUACGUAGCCGCUAGAGCUACUUUCCAUUCUGAUUUUGAAAUCAACUAUGUGUAUGCUAAAUGUUUCAUCGAGUUUGUGCAAAAAAUUAGAGUCAUUCAAUCGGACGAAGAAUUUUGUAGGUUUCUCCAAUGGAACCACCUUGAAUCGCUCAAGCAAAUUCGGCUGUACGAUCAACAUUUGACUCGAAAUAAAAUUGAGUGUAUGAAACAAAUUCUAAGCCAAGUUGAAGCUGUAGAAUUGCUGGAAUGCAAAAUUGAAGGGGAUUUCUUUGAAUCUUUGUUGGUUUUCUGUUCGAAUAUGAAACGGUUAUGUGUGGAUGGAACAACUAUGAUUGGAACAAAAUACAAUUGGCUCCAUCGGAAUUAUCCAACACUUGAACAUUUUCAGUUAUUAACGGCCAUUGGGCUAAAAAUUGAUGAGCUGAAAGCGUUUUUCGAACUAAAUCCAAAUAUUAAAAAAUUGGCAUUCGGUGGAAAGUGUUUCUGGGUGAACCAAGUGGCAAUGUGGAAUUGUAAAUUGGAAUUGGAAAUCUUGGAAAUUAAAUAUGAUAAAAGAGUUGAGUUGGAUUCACUUUGCCCAUUUUUGAAUGAACUUCAUCGACGUGGUCUUUUCAAGCAGCUGCACGUGUAUUUUGAUCUUCCGUUUGGUUUUGAACAAGAAAUCAUCGACCAUCUGGCCACUGUUGAUGGACUAGUGAAAUUGGUGGCGAACUCUCGCCAUAGUUAUAUCAAUAUUUCAUCUUUAAUUAAAUUGGAAGAACUAUGCAUUACAUCAUUAAAUGAUCUAGAGCAUCUGCCAGACACUCUCACAAAUUUAAAGCGACUUUAUAUACUAGAAGCAACUUCUGACGAUAUUCUGCCAUUUAUUCGGCGUGCAACUAAACUCACCAAAAUUAAAGUGAAUCGCAUGUACUAUGGAAAACACUUUGAACAAUCCAAAAAUAUUCUCGAUCUACCGGGACUAAAUGAGGAGCGCGGAAAGCUGGCAUUCGCAAAAAAAAUUAUGAUUUAUGUGAAGGAAGAUAUUUUUUUGGCGACAAAAUGGUCAUUGAAACAAACUGAAUUUAGUUUGAUCGAAAUGAAACGAACAGACUCCAUCGAUUGGGAAAUGGCAUUUCAAAUUGAUCGAUUUUAGAAUGACGCGCAAAUUUACAACAGACAGCUAUAUAAUUUUUAAACCGAUAAGCUUCAUUCAUUAACAAACAUUAUCGAUACUUGAAUAUAUAUUUAUAAAGGAAUAUGAAAUAUAUCAACCAUAUUUGUUUGGCUCUAUGAAUCGGUUCAUUCACAUUGAGAUCACUUUUGAAUGACUCUUGUUAUUGAUUUAAAAAUUUAAAUACAUAUGCCGAAAAAUAUACAUUCUUUAUCAACUCUGUGGGCAAACAAAGGCAAUUUACAAUUCUGUUGCUGAUAAUAAAAAUGGGAAUAUACACUUUGUUCGUACUGAAACCCAACAUGAAAUUUGUUUUUUUUUUUUUAAUGUGACAUGAAUGAAUUUUCGCUUCAAGUGGGAAUUAUUCACUUU